GAGACAUAUUCAAUUUCCUAAAAGGAAAAGUUGAUUGCUCCUGGGAAUUUAAAGUUACUGAAUUUGGAUUACCAAAAUGAACUGAAACCAAUGCAUAGCAUGAGAUUUCUCAAUGGAGAAAUAAUAAUUCAGAUAGAUUUUGAGAAAAGGCCUAUUUAUAAUAGUCCUGAAUCUGAUAUACAUGUAUUGGAUUUCAGCUUGAGACAUGACUUCAAGAAGCUCACUUGGCAGAAAAUCAUCAGCAUUUACUCUUAUCCCAAUGUAUCCAAGAUGGUAGACCUACUGCUGGUACUUCCAAGUAGCACAGCAUCAGUAGAGCGAGCUUUUAGUCAGCUGAAGCUUCUAAAGACAUCUUCAAGGUCAAGACUCACCAACAGGACACUAAAUUCCCUACUCAUGAUCAAGCUUGAGUCUCUGGAUGUUGAAGUAUACGAUCCAUAUAGUGCAAUUGAAUUGUGGUAUAGUGCCAGUGAUGGUGGAAGGAGGCCAGCCCAUGUUAAUAAGAGGUCAGAAUCAGGAUGUCAAUGUUCCUGUUCCAAUGGAUGAUAAUAACAUGAUCAGAAUCAGGAUGUCAAUGUUCCAGUUCUAAUGGAUGAUAAUAACAUGAUCAGAAUCAGGAUGUCAAUGUUCCAGUU